AUGGCCCCCGCAGACUUUUCUUCUGAGGAGGAGAUCCUAGAUCAAAUUGACAGGAUCACGGUUCAGCAAGAAGAGACGGCAGGGGAACCAUCUCUGGAAGAUUCUGAAGAGUUGUCAGACCAAGACAUCGAGAAGCUUCUGUUGAAGCCGGCGAAAGCCAAGAGACUCCCAGCUAUGUCCUUCCGCAAGGACUCAGAGUGCCUUAACAGGGAACCAUCUCUGAUUAAUUAUGACGCCGACGAGUUGCAGCAGAGGAUCAAGUAUGCUCAGAAAUUGGGACAGCGGAAAGUGUCACCGGUGACGACGGCAUUUGCAACAAAAUAUAUGAUCGCGGCAGAAUGUGCCCUUGCUGCUGAGAAGGAUGCUGAAGUGUCCCAAGAAGAGCGCGAAGCACUGAAACGAAGGGUGCAAGAACUCGAUUACAUGCUUGAGGUCCACCGAUCCCUCUACUACAUCCCGAAUACCGGAAUGCGGUACAUGCUCGCCCAGGCCAGAAAACUCGAACGCCUGCAGUUUCUAGCAACAUACGGCGACUAUUUUGCCAUUACGUGCAAGGAGGUGGCAGCAGCUACAAGGGAGACCGAAGCCCUGAAGUCUCAUCGAUCCAUCUUCACUAGAUGGUGGACAGAGAUUCAAAAGACUAUCCGAGCAGAAAAGGAAAAGCAAUCACAGAAGGAUGCCCCUCAAUUACUGACCGACUACCCCACAAUCCUUGCCGUGUCAAACUGUGCCGCUGUCUUGAAGAUCGACGAAGAGCAACUCUUUUGGACCAUUGAACAAUACGCCGAGCGAAAUGCGACUUUCCAUGCGGACAUCGACCUGAAGCUCCAACAAGGCACGUAUCCGGCUGGCGCCGAGAUCUUAUGUAAAGAUCUGAAGGUAGUCCAGCAACUCAAUGCGGACAGAGAGGACAAGGCACUCCUAUACGUGGAAGCCCUGAUCCAGCGCCUCAUCGAAAAAUGGUUCACCUAUGAUGAGGGCGAAGAGGAAAUGUCCGAUACCUGGCUGCCGACCGAACUGGCGAAGGCGAGAAAACGGAAAGGAGCACAGAAAUCCUCGAAAUUUGAAGAGACGGACGAGAUCGUCGAGUUCAAGAAGGUCACUGGGAGACAUGUUGCCGACGACGUUGAUGCAUUCUUGGAGGAACGGGCCAAAUGGAAAGAGAUGAUUUCUUUUAAGCGGAAGUGGUCAGGGCAAUUGAAAAUGGCGGCGAACAAGAAGCAUGGGAUGACAAGGGACUCAUUAGAACUCUACGAGAACAUGCAAAAGUUCUCGCGUCAUAUGGACGCUCUGUUCAUAUUUCCUGAGGAUGCACAACCGGAAAUCACGCUGGUGCAAAGGCCAGCCAAAGAGGAUGAGCAUGAGGUCGGGACCUAG